AUGACUUCCUGUCGCAUCGAGAGGAAGCGUGCUCAUGACCGAGAGGCUCAGCGGGCGAGCCGCGCCAAGACCAAGGCCUACAUCCAACACCUGGAGAAGACGGUCGCGGAUCUCACGCAGAGCAGCAGCGGAGACGACCGAUCGCGAUCGAAUUACUUGGCGCAACAUGCGACGAAGCAGUCCCAGGAGAUCGAGUCCCUCCAAGGCCUGGUCAAUAAGAUCCGCUCGCUGGUGCAGGACACGGGGGCCAAGUCCGAUCAUGCCUCGCCUCCUUACCAUGAGCAAGCCCGACUCAAGCACGAGGGCUCCACGGUCGAUUCCAAAGUCGACGACAGCGCGACGGUGGACCUCCUCGGCACCCGCUACGACUCCCCACGCAGCGACGACCAAUGGACCGAACUGCCCAGGACUCUCGAGCAAGACGCACCCAAGCACUCCAGGCCCAUGUCGGCCACCCGCAACCUCAUCGUCAUGGGCGUCAACAUGCUAUGCGAAGACUCCGAGGACUGUUCCUUCUUUCCCCGACUCAACGAAGCAAUCUCCAAACUCGAGCAGACGCCCGACAACCUUUCGCUACUGGAAGAGGACCAAGACAUCAUGAUCCGCGCCAUUGUCAGCGGCUGGGAUGCCGCCGAGAGUGUCCAUCACUUCGACAUUGCCUGGCGCUUCAUCCGUGCAUUCGACGAGGGUCUCUGGUACAGAGCUGCCCCUCUCGAGCGCUUGGCCGUGCUCUGGAGACUGCGGAAUAACCUGGUGUACAAGAUCCAGCCCAAGAACCAGGCAAGGAGAAAAAUCUCGAGCUACAUGUACCCUACCCUGGCCCAGAGAGCGAGAGCAGCCCGGCCGCCUGUCGUCGACUAUUUCACCUGGCCGCAAGUCCGAGACGGCCUGCUGAUCGAAGGCAUUGAGCGUUGCCCCGGCAAGUCGACCAUCGCCUUUGCGGAGAAUUUCCGCGUCGACUGGCCCUAUGAGCUCCGCGACGUCUACAAGUACAACAAGAGGAAGGGAGUGUACUGCUUCUCGCACCAGUAUCUCGAGACCAUGGACGACGUCGCUGCCUUCAAGAUGCUCAACCAUACCCUCGUGCCCUACUACACAAACCCAACUCUUGCCCCUACCUUUCCUGUAAGCGAGAUUGACUCGGAUGAGUCCGUAGACGAGGAGCUUCAAGCAACCAGGGAGCCAUCGACCAUCCCCAGCGCAGACGCAUUGAUGCAAGAAGCUUCGAACCCAGACUGGACUGUAGCCUUUCCUGUCGACCUGUCUGAACUCGCCGGGAAUUACGCAUACGAUCCGUUCCCCAGAGCCGAUGUUGCUGGCCUCGCACAGUGGCCCACUUUCUGA